UUCCAAUUCUGUGAGGUUACAGCACCAUCUAGAGAUGAAGUCAGGCAACUUCCUGUUUUGAAGACAGAUCCAACAUGGCUGCCCCCUUGUAGACGUUUUCAGGCGAACUGCUCGUGUGAAGUGGCUGCAAACCAUGAUCAGCCACCAUGGAUGCAAAAGAAGUAGUCCACUGUGCUGUGCAGAUAGAGAGAUCCCUUGCAGACAGAAGCUACGGGGACAUCUUGACCCUCCUUGGUGACGUUGAUAAGUUGCGCGUCACAGCGGAGCAGCUGGAAACGACAGACAUUGUUAGAGUGCUCUACAGGCUCCUGAAGAGCUGCUCUGACGUCAACGUGAAGAAGACAGCGAAGAGCUUGUUGUCUAAGUGGAAGAGGCAGUACAGCAAAGAUACACAAGGUGUGAAGUGCACGGGGGAUCCUGAGCUCUCUCGCAGGGUUCCUCUACCAGAUGAGGCAGGCGAUGGAGGAGUUUCCAAGCAUGGGGACUUCCACAUUGGUUCUGCACCCACCUGUGGCAGUGAGGUGGAGUGUGCAGAGCAGGAAGCCUCAUCCUCCAAGACAAAUGAUGGCCUUUCUUUCACUGCAGAGAGUACACCCGCAUGCUGUAGUUUCUCAUCUGUACGAUCCAAAUGUGUUCAGCUCCUUCUUGCCGCCCUCUGCCCCGAACUUCCUGAUCAAGACAAGGCCGCAGAGCUGGCUACAGAUAUUGAGCAGCACGUCCAUGAGCUCCACAAAUCCAACCAGGGCAAAUACAAAGCAUGCGUGCGGAGCAAGGUGGCCAACUUGAGAAAUCCUAAAAACAGGCACCUACGCCAGGGCCUCCUGAGCGGCUCGCUGUCACCUGAGGCCUUCGCCCGGAUGUCUCAGGAGGAGAUGGCCAGCGCCGAGCUCCGGAAGCUGAGAGAGGAGUACUCGUCCCGGGGUGUGAGUGAAAGGCAGCUUCCUCAAGGGAUAGAAGGAACGCAGACACGGAAGAUAAGAUGCAAACGAUGCGGGGGGUCAGACUGUCGGGUGACGCAGGUGUCCAGGGGUGCCCUCUUCUUGCCUGCGUGGGUGAGGCAGAGCGGCCCUGAUGAAGACGCGAUGACUUUUGUGACCUGCAGCGUGUGUGGGCAGCAGUGGUACCACAGCAGCUGGGUCUGCCUCUGAUAACAAGUAUCAGAGUAAUCACUCAGUCUGAAAA